AUGUCUCCUCCUGCGCAGGACAAGCCAAAAUCGACUCAUCCAGCACCCCCAAAGCUGGCGCACAUUGUGUUACGCACGAACCCGGACAACUUCGGCACCAUGGUCAAGUUCUACUUGCAAGCACUAAAUGGCAGCGUCCGGUAUGAAGACCCUGGAAAGAUAGCUUUCUUGUCCUACGACGACGAGCAUCACCGCAUUGCCAUCGCCGCCAUUCCAGGAGCCAGCCCGCCCACCGCAGAUGGGCCACCGCGGACGGGCUUGGACCAUGUUGCUUUUGCGUUUGCCAACCUGACGCAACUGGCGCAGGUCUACGUGAGCCUACGCGACCACGCAGAGAAUCCUCUGAGGCCUGUCUGGGCGGUGAACCACGGGCCUACGACGUCGCUGUACUAUCGCGAUCCCGAGUGGAACAAGAUCGAGAUGCAGGUCGACAACUUUGACACCAAUGAGGAGGCGAAUGCGUUUAUGAAUAGUGGCGAGUUCGCCGAGAAUCCGUUUGGCGUCGACUUCGACCCGGACGAGUGGUCGGCAAAGAUUUUGAGUAAGAUGCGCGAAGAUGGGAGCGAGGGGCUCAGCGUCGAGGAGUCGAAGGCACUCAAAACAAGACCGGCCAGCGGCCCAAGGGCACAUCCGCCAGCGGGAGUUUUCUAG